AAAAUGUGCACCGUGACUAACCCCGCGGACCGCUUCUACAACGAUCGCACAGCGCAAGAGCAGCAAAAGCGGAUUGGGAUGCUGCUGCCUAACGUGGUGCAUACGCAAACUACGCCGAUUAAUUACGCGGCGUGUCUUCACCAUCCGGUUACGUAUCUGUUCUCUGCUAACGACGCGGCGUUGGGUUGGAGGUGCAGAAACAGAUGGUGGAGAAGGUCAGGGAGCUAGGUGUG